AUGGAGAUAAGCACAGUAUUUUCCGUGAUUGGAGUAAUCGCAUCCUUUCAGUAUGUUUGGACGGCUUUAGCUUCCGAUUCACACUCAGACACACUCACCAACGACCCAACCAAGGAAUGUCAUAAAGGAGACGAAGAAUCGUGUCCCUGGUUCAUGAUUUUCACAGAAAUGAAAGACAAGAUCAAUGUGCUUGAAAGCAGUUUCAAGGAUCAGAUCUCGCAGAGUGAGAAUUUAGAGCGGGAUUUUCUCAACCAAUCAGAAUUGAAUUACAUUUUGACUGAAAAAUUGAAAAUAUUUUUCGAAAAAUUGGAUAAUAUAUCUUUACAUUGUGGUAAAGCUGAAGCACAGGCAGCUGAGAUAACUUCUAGGAUUUUUUUCGAUGAAGUCAUUUUAUACUUCCUAUUGACAGUAGUAUUGUUUGAGAUUUUCACAAGGGUAGGACCUCGUAGUAGAGAAUGGAAGGAAGCUAUUGAGGUUAAUAUAAGAAGAUACUUGAAUAAACCAGAAGUAGCUCAUUCAGACGCCAUGACUGGCAGUAUUGCAUCAAUACAAGAAGACGCCACAGAUAAUGGAUCUGAAGUUAUACCCAAUGGCGUCAUAAAAGACGAGAAAGAAAAGAAGAAUGGAACACCUACCCAUACUGCACCAUCAACGCCUAAACACGGAGUCCUAAGGAACGAAAUGUGUAUCGUACUUUUCCGGAAAGAAUGUCUCAGUAUCUACAAUUCUGUUAUAGAGACACUUUUAUCUUAUUUCACAGAAAUCAAGAUCGCGUCUGCGCCUUAUUACGUUAUUGAAAGUUUUAAUGACAUUAGCAAAAUACCUCACGUUAAAUUGUUUAUUCUUGUGUGUGAUAACACCUUGAAUUAUGGAAGCGGGAGUAAAGAUCUGAGAUUAGCAACUGUCAAAGUACUUAAAACUUGGGGAGCUGUGCCGAUACUGAUUAUAGGCAAAGACGAGGAAUCAAAGAGACUGACUGGACACACACAGUAUAAUGGAAAUCUAAGAUUUGUUUUCUCAAACGAGCUGGUGCAAGACCACGCGUCAGCUGGGAGGGUGUUCAGCUUUUGGAAGGAAAUGUCCCCACAUCAAAUGAGCCAUCUCAGGAAAAUGAUAAAACCAAUCCUCAAUGAGGUCAAAACAGUCCCCCAGCUCAGGUAUAUUACACUGACGAAGUGAAGCAGA